GAGGUGUGGGGGCCGAGAGGAGGUGACUCUCCAGCACGGCAUUUACUCACAGCGAAAGGAUCAUGGCGGAUGGCCCCAGGUGUAAGCGCAGAAAACAGGCGAACCCCAAAAGAACCAGUGUAAGUAACUACAGCCAUGCACUGGAAGGCCAGUCAGACUCCGAUGAUGAAGAUAAGCUGCAUAUUGUGGAGGAAGAGGGGCCAACCAUGGAUGGAGCUGAUGGUGACAGCAUAGCCCAUGACGAAGAGCUUAACGGCCCUGAGGACAGAUGGGAUGAUGUAAAAGAGGAGUGUGUAUCAGAGGAGGAUGAGAGGAGUAGAGAUGCUCUGGUUGAGGAAAUGCUCCAGCAGGAAGACACAGCUGUCAUCUUUCCAGAAGCACCGGAAGAUGAAGCACGUCAGGGCACACCAGAAACAAGUGGCCAUGAUGAAAACGGAACACCAGAUGCAUUCUCUCAGCUCCUCGCCUGUCCAUACUGCUCUCGUGGCUAUAAGCGCUACACAUCUCUAAAAGAACACAUCAAAUACCGACACGAGAAGAGUGAGGAUAACUUUAGCUGCUCACUGUGCAGCUACACCUUUACUCAUCGUACACAGCUCGACCGACACAUGAGCGCACACAAAGCAGGCAGAGACCAGCGGCAUGUAACCCAAGCAGGGGGUGGAGGAAACCGUAAGUUUAAGUGCACUGAAUGUGGCAAAGCCUUCAAGUACAAACACCAUCUGAAGGAACACCUGCGAAUCCACAGUGGAGAGAAACCAUAUGAGUGCUCCAACUGUAAGAAACGCUUCUCGCACUCUGGUUCCUACAGCUCCCACAUCAGCAGCAAGAAAUGCAUCGGCCUCAUUUCCGUCAACAGCCGCACACGACCCUCCCCAACCACAGGGGGCACUAAAACGCCCCAGUGUCCCUCACCAUCCCUGCCCUCCUCUCCUGCCACUGCCCGGACUCAGCCCCGGGACAAACUGGACCAUAGUAAGCCCUUGCAGGAGCAGAUUCCCAUAACACAGAUUAAGUCUGAGCCAUUGGACUAUGAGUACAAGCCUGUGGUAGUGGCCCCAACUGCCCCAGGAGGAGUGAACGGGGUUUUCCAGGGUGGAGCAACAGCUCCCCUCCAGGGAACAGUACAAGCUGUGGUCCUCCCAACUGUCGGCCUGGUCUCACCAAUCAGCAUCAACCUGGGGGACCUGCAGAACAUGCUGAAGGUGGCAGUGGAUGGGAAUGUGAUCAGGCAGGUUUUGGAAAAUGCCCAGGCCAAGGGUCAACCUGCAGCAGUGGGAAUCCCAGGCAGAGUUGCCAUUACUCAGGCUUCACAGCAAGUCAUCCAAGCCAUAAGUCUUCCCAUUGUAGACCAGGAUGGUACCACCAAGAUCAUUAUCAACUACAGUCUGGACACCUUGCAGGCUCAGACAGCCCUGCAGAACUUAAAGAAAGAGCCUGUUGGGCAGGACAACUGCAAGGUUGAGAAACUACCUGAGGACCUAACAGUUAAAAGCAAGACAACCAGAGACAAAACUAGCAUCACUGUGGAUAAUGAAAAGCAGCAGGACAAGGAUACACUCUACAAUCACCUAAUGAACAAAUACUGUGACAUGGAGGAACAAGAGGUCAAUGGGAAACACCUGGAUGAGAAGUCUGAUGUAGACAUUGGACUCUGUCCAGGCAAACCUCCGCUGAAGAAUCUACUGUCCUUGCUUAAAGCUUACUUUGCUUUAAACGCAGAACCUACCAAGGAGGAGUUGGCUAAGAUCUCAGAAUCAGUUAGUCUCCCUACUGAGGUUGUCAGGAAGUGGUUUGAGAAGAUGCAGAGUGGGCAGAUAUCUAUGGACACUCUUCCAGACACACCCAAGAAUGAACAAACGAAUGGGAUUGACAUUAAUGGGAAUUCAGAGAAAACUCUUAUGUCAGAGGAGGACAAAGAAAUUGAACUAAAGGAGCAGAAGGAACUUCACAGCCCAGCUGAAGGCACUACAGCUGGUAUAAGCGGAACAGAGUAUGGCCCUGUAUCUCCUUUACCACUAAAUUUAUCUGCAGAUGGGCCUGUGCCAGCCCAGACUGCAGAGGAAGGCGAGGGACCUCUUGAUUUGUCUCUUCCAAAAUCCAUAGUCACAGCCAUUGCAACCAGCCCCCAUGCAAAAUCUGUUUACUCGGCUCAGAACGAGCCCCUGAACUUGACUUGCACUAAAAAGGAAGUGCUGAGUAAUGCAAGCACCAGCGCUGCCAACUAUGCCAGCCAAACAAGUGUCAAUCCCUUGAACAUUGUAACCACUCAACUGCCCACCCUGGUGGCUAUUGCUGAUCAGGGCCAUGGACAGUGUCUGCGUGCCCUUACCACCACUAAACACACCAUUCUAAUCCCUCAGCUAGCCUACACCUACACCACUACAGCCUCCAGCCCAGCAGGGGGUGACAUGCCACAGAAGUCUAUACUGCAAGUCAACGGCAUCAAGGAGGAGAACCACGAGACAGGUUUAGAAAUGGCCUUAGUUCUGGAGGAGCAGACCGACUCAGACUCCGGGCCGAUGAGGAAGAAAAUGAAAAAGACAGAAAAUGGUUUGUACGCCUGUGACCUAUGUGACAAAAUCUUCCAGAAGAGUAGCUCGCUGCUUCGACAUAAAUAUGAACACACAGGUAAGCGGCCCCAUGAGUGCGGGAUUUGCAGCAAAGCUUUUAAACAUAAGCACCACCUGAUCGAGCACUUGCGUCUGCACUCAGGAGAAAAACCGUAUCAGUGUGACAAGUGUGGCAAGCGCUUCUCUCACUCCGGCUCCUACUCGCAGCACAUGAACCACCGCUACUCCUACUGCAAGAAGGAGGCGAACGGGCAGAACCUGCUACAGCGGGACGAGGAGGAGCAGAACCACAGCGAGGAUCGACCUCGACCAGGCAGCACUGACGAUUCACCCCCAUCUCAACUGGACUCCGACGAGCGAGGUAGCAGCGCGGAAGAGGAGGACGAGAUGGGCUCAGGGAGCAUGAUAGACGAGGAGGAGAUACAGGUGGUGAGGAUAGGUGAGGAAGGCGGGAGGGACGAGGAGGAUGAAGAGCAGGAGGCAACGGAGGAUAUGGACACUGGAGCUGAGGAAGCCGUUAGAGAGAACGGAGAACAUACGGAGGAGGGCACAGAGGAGGAGCAGAAGUUGCUGGGGGAAAAUGAAGAGGAAGAUGGAGAGAUGGUGAAGGUUGUAGUGAUGCAGGACAGUGAGGAAGAAGAGAACAAAACAGAGGAAGAACAAACAGAAAGCAUGAAGGAAACAGACACGCAGGAAAACAUCGAACAGGAACAAGCAGAGGAUGGAGGAGAGAGGAGUGAAGCUGAAAAUGUGAAGGAGAACUGUGUAAGUGAAGGAAAACCUAGCAGUAAAAAUGGAGACGUCAAAUGAAGGGCUUUUUUUCAUUAUUCUUGCUACUUAGUUUUACAAAAAUAUUUGAAGGAACAAAGACUGAAAUGUGGCGCUCUUCCAAACUACAAACUGUGCAUGAAUGAAGAGAAGGAAGAGAGAGCAGUAGCUCUGAUGUUACAUUAUAUCCCACUACUGUGUAUAAACCCCUUGUGUGCCUGAUUUAAAAAAAAUAGUGCUUUUUCCACAUAAGGACAAUUUCCAGUGGUUUGUAUAAAUACAAGUUUAACAAAACAAUUUGAGACGUAUACAGACUGAAAGCUAGACACGUUUUAGCUAAAGCGUUUUAUUACUAAAACACCCUGUGUUUCUUUCUAUCAGUGUUACUAAUUUUUUAUCACUCUUGUUUAAACCUUAAAAGCUGUACAGUUGGGAGAGAUUUCUAUACGUUUUUAUUGCCAAUGAACAAAACUCAGUAUUUUAUGUCAUAUGAAGGAAAUCCUGUGCACUACCAUGCUCCCAGUUUACUGAUGAAACACCUCUGUCGGCCUUGCCUCGUUCUCGUUUAAUGUUUACCUUUCAGUAUUAAUACUUUAUCGAGUUAUAAUCCUGGUGCCACGCCGGCCUGUGCCAGCCCAAACGUCCAGUAUUAUAAUGAAUCAGUCUGUGAGCCUUAAAUAUCAGAAUCAGAUUUUGAAUUUGAGUGGUGGCAGGGUGGCCAUCAGUAUUUUCAGUCUGAAUAAAGAGCUGUGCUUGUGAUGGCAUUCUAUGCAAAGUACUCGUGAAAACCCUGUCCAAGAGCAGUAUCUAGUACACAGUAUGCAACCGGAGCUAACCACAAGGCAUACACUAUCCCAGAAUGCAACUCAGUCCUUUCAUUUUCAGACUAAUAAUAGUGACAUCCAGAUUUCAUCCUUGGAGAUUUGCUCCAAUCUCUUCUGGCUAGAAACUGUAUACACAAAUAAAUUUACCACGGUAAUGAACUACUGAUUCCAUAAUGCAUUUAACUACCUAAUACUCACACCAUGGUGUAUUGCACCACAGUAUAUUUCUCACAUAUGACAUACUACGUGUAGUGCAUGCGACUACUGGUAUGCAGUGUACAAGUAGUCCAUCAAUCACCAAGCUUAGAGCCACAACUCAAGAGAAAAAUGCUGCGUUCAUGACAAUUCAGAAUUGGAAUUUUCCAGCCUUCUACAGUGAUUAGGUGAGGUCAGCAAAAUGCAUGCUCACAGUAAGCUAACACAUUUAUGGCUUCUGUACAAGCAUAAUAAAGGCUCUCAAAUAAUGUUCAAAGUACUAACUGUCUCGAUUGAGCUUUAUUUUUUUUAAGUGGAUGUUAAAGAGAUCUCAGCUAAAAUGUUUCAUGAAUGUUAAGUUUAAAUGCACAUAAUGCCAUAACCAUCUUGGACCGAGAAUUCAAAAACACCUCUCCCAUAUCUUUUAGAGUUAUUCCAAUCCUAGAAAUCUGUUCAUGUGUAUGGAUAGUGCAGUUAAUGCCCACUGGGUAUAGAUGUUGCAUGUGCCGAAGUUAGUAAAGAGGCAGUGGUUGGCUUCCUGUGUCACACAUGAUAACUCUCACUGUCCCAGGUGGUAGAUGUUAAUGAACACUAAACUAACCAAAACAAAACAAUAUGGUUGUUUACUGUUAAUAGAGUUUAAAAUACUAACG